AUGAGCAGCUGGUUCAGCAAACCAGACCCUAAAGCGCAAAUGCGUGAAAAUAACAAAAACAUCCGAAGAGCUAAUCGAGAGCUUGAAAGCGAUCGACGCACGCUGGAACGAAGAGAGAAGGAACUGGAAAAUGAAAUCAAAAAGCUGGCAAAGCAGGGUCAGAAAGAUGCAUGUGCUGUACUUGCAAAGCAGCUUGUUCAGCUUCGUCAUCAAAAGACAAAGAGCGUUGCGAUGAGCUCCAAACUGACCGGAAUUGGUGCACAGAACAAGACUUUUUUCAAAUAUCAUAUCGUAAAUAAUCUUUCUAGCCAUUUACAAAGUAUGAACAAAAUGGCUGAAGUUAUGGGUACCACUGUGAACACCAUGAAAACUAUGGAGAAACAGAUGCCAACUGAACGACUAGCGAAGAAUAUGCGGGAGUUCCAAAUGGCUCAAGAACGCCUCGGAAUUACUGAUGAUAUGAUGAAUGAUGCUCUUGACAACAUUCUUUACGAAUCCGGUGACGAAGAAGAACAAAAUGCCAUUGUGAAUCAGGUGCUGGACGAAAUCGGCAUCGAGUCUCAAAGCAAAGUCAGUGUAUGA